UCUCUUUAUCUCGUUGCUUGAAUGAUCAAUACGUCAGUGAAACAAGAGAAAAGGGGAUCUAGACAAAUUAAUUAACUGUGUUGUGAAGAUGCAAAAACAAGCGUCUUCUGGGACGUGGAGGAUUUCCCAAACCCUAAUGGUAGCUCGUUUCAUGGGAUUAUCAAAUCAGCUCUUGACAAGGAAGGUUAUCGUGGUGACGUGUCAAUCAUUGCUUACGGUGAGAAGGAACCUGACAAGCUGGAUGGUGGGUAAAUAUGCGAGACUUAAUAAGAUGAUAGUGGACAUUGGUUUUUGGUCACUCGAAAAUCCUUUUCCCCGAAGUAGACCUGCAAAUUUGAUGGUAAUCGCCAAAAACAUGCAACAAGAGACCGAGACCGAAUUUGUCAAUCUUAUGACUUUCAUGAGGAGUCGUGGUUACAAUGUUAUCUGUGUUUUGGAUCGUGACUUCUCACCAGAAGCAACUCCAUUUGUGUAUGUCGAAUAUACAUGGUUUUGGGAGCUCAUAUCAAGUGGAGCAAAGCCUAGCUGCCCAGCCCAACUAUGGGACCUACAAGAUCGAGGAUAUCGAACUUUCUUCAAUCGCAAAUUAAAAACUAUCGACCAAGUUGAGGAUGAUGGUAUUCCUUGUCCUUUUUGUCGUGGCGACAAGUGCUACUGAUGCGGGGAUGGGGCUGGAGAGUAGUAAUGUUUUAUCAGUCUCACCUUCAAACAAAAUUUCCUGUUCCACAAAAAUGACUUUUGGUUUUGUGUAUAAAGACAAAACAUUGACUCUUUCUUCUCUUAGACUCUGUUUAGAAGUGUAUUGCUGUUUCAUUUACUCCCUUUCCCAUCUCAUCUCUG